AUGGCUACCCGGAAUGACGGUGAAGAGAAUCUCGGAGAAGUUUGUUCUGUGGUAGGGGGAAGCCGCCUCAAUGAGGAUUCUCUCCAGAUUGAAGACGGUUCUGACACUUCUGAUGCGCGUGUGCCUGGGACUAUAAAGACAGACAAUUCUUUGACCGUUAGAGUUAGUGUAGCCGUUAAAGUUAGGCCCGAGAACCCUCGGAUGCGCUGGAACACACGUGACGUGGUUAGCCAUGGUCAGCAUGUCUUUGCUGACAAAAAGAUCGAUUUAUGCCGACUCAGAGAGCGAAACAGAGGAAGAUGGGACUGUUGGGGCUACUGGGAAGGCGUUUGUUGA